CUGAAUUGGCAGUGCCUGUCAGGCAGAGUGUUUCGCUGCAUCUUCAGCUCGGGUCAAGCAUCAUUAUUUCUACCAACUUGCUCCAGGCGGAUAGCCGUUCCCUCGUGGUCCUUAUAAAAGAGACCUGAGUUGACUCCUAGACCCUCAGUAACUUUUCAGUUUCAUGAAGUCGAGCAAGAGAAACCUUCUUGGAAGAGAAUUUCAACUUGUGUACUUGUUCAGGUGAUAAGAGGGUGCCAACCCAUAAAGCAAUUUUCGGCAAGCCAAACUGGUCUGACAGGAGCUCUACUUUCUGAGACUCACAUAAACGUACGUGAUUGGUGCAAUGGCGCUUCUGUUCCAAUGUUCUUGUUCCGUAAGGGGUAGCGUCGACGCAUUUCUGCUAAUUCUGGUCGCACUCGUCAGUUCUGGACAUGCUCAAAAUGUGCGGGUUAUGCUCGACCAAGACGUCUUGAUUGGUUUAGGCACGCUCAGCGCAACGUGUGUUGAUAUGGAUGGCAACCCUAGUAAUCAGCAAGUCACGUGGUCGUUCGCCGAUGCUUCGGCGGUCCUACCUGAGGGAACGAACUUCAGCAUCAGCGGCCAGAAUUCCGAGACGAUUGUCCUGCGCGUCACCGAGGAAAUCAUUCCUGGGAAUGGCUACGGUAACCCACGUGCUAGUAUCUAUUUCAGGUGCGCCACGCAGGGAUCCAUAAGCGAAGACGCUUCUGUAGACCUGUACAGGGAUCUGUGUCGCCUGGAGUACCUCUACUGCUUUAGUCGUUUCAAUUAUGCAGUGGGGUCGGCGACAUGCACAAGCCGAUUAUCCAAUGUUUCGGUCUUCGGCACACCCGUCACAUCGGCCCGGUACGACUGCACAUGCCUGGCAGGCAGUGCUGGUGCUCCCUGCCGAAGCGUGCGCGACUGCGUCGCGAAUGCGUCCGACGUACGAGAUAGGCUUAUUCAGUGUGGAAACCUCUUCCCGGAACUUCUCAGUGUGACGCCUUCCUCCGCGGUUGUAUUCAGUGGCUCCAGCGUCACCUUCAACUGCACCAGCGUAUUGCCCAUCACAUCAGCAGGGGUGAAUUGGACUGUCCCUCCAGAAUUGCCAAGGGACAGCUUGCGCAUCUCAGGGGAAGGAGGCAACACGCUCACCAUCGACCCUGUCACCGCCGACCUCAGUGGUGACUCACUCUUGCCAUCCAACGUUAUCGUAUCGUGCUCUGCGAGCGUCGUUGGUACCAGUGCACUGGCCUCCGGCGGACUCAUUGUUCGUGACCUUUGCACAUGGGAGCCCGACGCGUGCCAGCAGUAUUCUCUGUUUCCGCCGGGUAGUGCGCAGUGCGUGUCCUCACCCUUCACUGCUCCUCACUGCGAUUGUUUGCCUGGCACUGUCGGUCAGGACUGCAGAGGGCUGGAAAACUGUGCGAGUAUGACAACUUCAGCUGAGCCUGAUAGUAUAUUUUUGGACUGUGCACGUGACAUUGGCUGCACACUCAAUGAGGCAGGUCAGUUCGAUUGCAAUUCUGGAAACACCAUCCUGCCAAGCCUCAGCAUGUUAGCAGCCUUGGCGCUAAGCACUUUGUUCAUAUAGUACCAGCACACGCCAGUCGCUUAUCCUCUGUACCACCGUCGCCGCGAAGGGGACAAUUCUUGCAGCACACUUAACUAUACAUGUACAUGUACUGCAUAUGUACAUGUGUAUUUUAAUUGCAAAACUUACAAGUAGAUACAUGCAUUCAAAAUACUUGAGCUAUUAUCGGUUCAGGCGUUCGUACAGUAGAGCCGUCGCUGAUUUGUCUUUCAUUGGAAUAAGUUUGUUUUGACAAUCGAUUGGUUUUGACACUCGUGUGUACAUGUGUAGCGUCUCUGACGUUCUCGCAUCAUGACAUCAUCAUUUGUUUGCAUGUACACGUCAUAUUUUCCUCAUCAUCACAAACACUGAUUCACCAUACUCUCGCACACAUUGUAAUACCUACUACACGUACUUCUCUACCAUAAUAAUUACGUAAUGUUUGGCUAGCAUAGUUCCAAUACACAUUACGACAUCUUUUGAUGUUACGCACUCCUCGCCUACAACGCUAUUGUAGAAAAGUAGUCUUUACUCAUCUCUUGUAAGUUCUGUUUGCAUCCAAACACUUCUUCCAAACAGCACACGUCAGAUAUCUAACAAAACAACAAACUUCAUUGCACAGUCUUCUAUCACAAUCUCUUUCCUAUAUAAACCUCCUUUCUCUUCACUUUCUUCAUGACAUUUAGUGUUCGCCAGUCUUGUAAAGAUCUUGGAAACUAACACUCGUUGCACUGUAUCUAGACUACUAAAUUGGUGACCCCCGACGUGAGUAAAGUGCAAUAUGUCCAGCGACGAUAGUUCUUCCGCUUCCGCCUCUGGAGCUUCAGCUGCCGCUAGCUCCUCCGCCCCGGCCCAAAACCAACCACUCGCCCGCAACGACCAACACGACGCACCGGACCGUCCGGUGUCUGCCAUCACCUUCCGACUGCCGCAGUACUGGCCCGGCGAUCCGCAGCUUUGGUUUGCACAGGCAGAAGCGCAUUUUGCCAACCAUCGCAUCACCAACCCGCGGGCCAAGUAUAAUGUCGUCGUGAGUUCGCUGGCUCCUGAAUACGCCGCUGAGAUUCGGGACUUGCUCCUAGCGCCGCCAGCCGAGGAGCCGUACCAAGUCCUGAAAGAGGCGCUCACCGCACGCACACAAAAGUCCGAUCAGGCACGGUUGCGUGAGCUACUCUCAACAGCCGACAUCGGGGACAGCCGACCAAGUCGCGUCCUCCGACGCAUGCAACAGCUUUUAGGCAGUAAGUCGCUAGACCCAACUAUCCUGCGCGAGCUAUUUGUACAGCGUUUGCCCGUGACGGUCCGCCUGAUUCUGGCUGCAACACCUGCAAGCCUCAGCCUGGACGAACUUGCAGCGCUUGCUGACAAGGUGGUUGAAAGCACGUGCUCAACCCCACUCACCGGUACAAGUGUUCACGCUCUGAGUGAAGCCCCUAGCCCUGCUCGGUCUAGUACGUAUACGGCCUUAUCAUGUAGAUCUACAGCGUCCACAGAUGCGGAACAGGCCUGCACCGCUGACAGGGCUGAGAUGGCCCAGCUCCGAGCUGAACUCGCCAAGCUGACGUCCGCUGUGAAUGUGAUGACCCGUGACACCGGUGCCCC